CCCCUCUAAGUUGCAUUUAGAGAAACUCGUUGAACUUUAUAUGGGGCAAACCAAGAAUGAGAGAUUUUGGGAAGGCGUUCAGGUACACUGUCAGUUUAGAGACAAGCACGGGAACUACUUUGAGCCCCCUGAACCAAGAUUUUUAUCCUUGCAUCAGAAAUAUAAUCAUCUGAUUAUAUUUCACUGUCAUUUUCCUCUAAUCCAAGACUGUGAUCAAGUUGAUAUAGAGUUUCGUCUUACUAGUAUUCGACUCUUACUAAAAGGAUGCGGUAUACGACUCCCAGAUGACCCUAUUCCAUCUCUGGCUAGCCUGAAUGAAGCGGAUGAAAGCAAAGCUGGUGAUGAGGAAUUGAAGGGAAAGGAACAAGUGAGCCUCUUCAAUGACUGUUCAUCAGUGGAUAACCCACUUGGUAAUCCAAAAAAUUUGGCUAAUGAGACUGAAAACGGUGAAGAAUCUGGAGAAAGCAUUGUAAAAACAGAGAGAAGCAAGAAGCGAAUCCGGAUCACUUGAUACUUGUGCAGGUAAUGACGGGUUACCACUUACCAGAACUUAAGAUCAUAUGACUUGCUUCCCAAGGUACCUCCAUCAUUGGUUUCCUCUAACAACUUCUUAUACACGUUUCUUUUUUUUUUCUUGUCUUGAAAUCUGUAAUAUGUAUCUGAGAUUUUUUAUUUUAUACUUAUGAAUAGAAUAUUUAUUCGUGU